AUGCCACUCGAUAACGUGUAUACACAGACAUCCGACGAUCAGGUUGAGACCGAAGAGGCUAUCAACGCUCUUUUCUCUCGCUUCCGUCCUUCGAACCUUGACUUUGACAAGUCCACAAGCAGCAAAGGCAAGGGAGCUGGCGCCAUCAUCAAUCCGUGGCUCUCGCCAGCGGAACAAGAGCAGCAACGAGCCCAGGGAUCGGCAAACGAAGCGGCAUCGCCUAAACCCACGCUGUUGCUCGAGCGGCAGGCGCACAUCACUUUCCUCACAAAGCUGCUCGAACCCCUUCCGGGUGCGUUCACUGCCUUUGACACGAACCGAUCUUGGUUGCUCUACUGGAUCCUACACUCUUACGAUUUGCUGUCGGUGUCGCUCGAUCCGAAAGGACGCGCCAGAGCCAUCGUCACUUUGCUCUCCUUCCAGAACAGCGGCACCGGUGGGUUUGGAGGUGGACCGGAUCAGAUCGCUCACCUCAUGGCCACUUAUGCAGCCGUAUCUGCCCUCGCCAUCAUCGGCGGUCCAGGUCCUGCGCCCACCACCGAGGAUAUCGUCGAUGGCAAAUCGGUCGAAGUCGGUCGAGGUGGAUGGGAUGCCAUUGACCGAGGAAAGAUGUACGAUUGGAUAUCGAGCCUCAAACAGCCAGACGGAAGCUUUUUGGUGCACACCAACGGCGAAGUGGAUGUACGAGCGUCGUAUUGCGUCAUUUGUAUCGCAACUCUGCUCGGCAUAUCAACUCCCACAUUGUUCGGAGGCAUGGCUUCCUUCGUCGCCAGUUGCCAGACAUACGAAGGUGGAAUCGCUGCAGCAAGCCAGCCCACGUACCAGCACUCGGCAGAUCAAGGUAUCUCGCUCGUGUCGCAGCUCACGCCUCGACCCGCGCUCGGCGAAGCGCAUGGUGGGUACACCUAUUGUGCCGCAGCGAGCCACCUCGCUCUAUCGCUACUUGGCUCUUCACUUGCAGGCUCAACCGCUCCGACAUCUUCAUCUGCGGCACCUGCAGCGACAUCUUUCGUGCUCGAAUCAUCAGCGCACCUGAACCGCGAUUCUCUCAUCCGCUGGGCGACCGCUCAGCAAGGGACUCCGUUCGAAGGCUGCGGCUUCCGCGGUCGUACCAACAAGCUUGUCGAUGGCUGCUACGGCUGGUUCUCUGGCGGUGGCCUCUUCACCGUCAUCUCGGCAAUGGUCGAAUCGGAUCUCAUCGAGCAAGCGCACGAAUCGUCACCGACUCCAAGCAACCUUGCCGGCGCUCAAGACUGGAACGGAAUGCUCACAGUACCUCCUACACCGGUCGUUCACGCUCCUUCCGUUGCCGACAGCAGCCAGAGCAGCGGUGGAUCGUGGAAGACCGAGUCGAGCCUCGACUCGAUUGCCACCGGCCAGAAACCAGACGAAGGCAACGCUGCCGCCGCCGUCGACGUAGAUGAUCUCUCCCCACUCACACUGUUCGACCGUGUCGGCCUGCAAGAGUACAUCCUCGUCGCUGCCCAGCGCACCGGCUCCAAAGGUGGAGGACUGCGCGACAAACCAGGCAAAAGCCCCGAUGCUUACCACACGUGUUACAAUCUUUCUGGACUCAGUCUAGCGCAGCAUUCGGUGCGGCUGAGCAUCGAGACAUCGAAAUUCCUGUACCAGCAUUUCCGAUCGGACGGGCAGCAGCAAGAUGACGAGUGGAGUAGAAAAGUGUAUGCGACCAUGCUGGCAUGGACGCUGUCGGCAAGGGACGAGAUCGUGGUGGAGGCUGCAGCGGGGACGGAAGGGGCGCAGAGCAAUAGGCUGAAUCCGACCCAUCCGAUCUUCAACAUUACUUUUCCAAGGGCAAAGGCCUUCAUGGACUGGUCGUACGGUCAGUCGUAG